GCUGGGAUGUAGCUUAGUUUUGUGCCCUCGGGCUUUGCCAAAUGAGGACCGUUGUGUUUGGACUUACUACAUUUCAUAAGAUUUAUUCUAGCAUAAAUCUGUGAGAGGAAGCGUUGCAGUUUUGAUACUUUUUUUUUUUUGCAAGAUAGUUAUCCUUUCUUAAAAAACUUUUUCUAAAGGGCCAAUGGGUGCUAAUUUUACCGUCUGCUGCUGUCGCUACUAUUUGCGGCACUCCAGAGAAGAGAAGAAUGCUAUUUUGCGAAUGCACAAAACAUCCAGGUUGCCUGAACAGUUAUCCAGUGAGUCCAGUGAGAGUGACCUAGAGGAGGAGAGUCUUUUUGGGCCACCAACAAGUACCCCAAGGAACAACCAGCAACGCCAGGGGAGCACUGCAGCUCAGUGUGCCACCACUAACAGACUCGAGGACUCUCCCAUCAGACGGGGAUCGGACAGAGAGUUGGAGGCGUUUAUCAGCAUGAGAGACCAGGCUGACGAGGCUACGGAGGAAUGGGAGAAACUGAAUUAUGACAUACACACCUUGCGCUAUGCCAGACGUGAGGUCAGGGCUCGAUGGAAGAAAAUCCUGCUGCAGCUGGGUUACCAGUGUGAGGUGGACGCCUUGCUGUGUGUGAACAGACAGAGCCAGUUCAGUCGAGAUGAAGCACAUCUCAACAAAACGACUGAACUGUUGAAACAGCUGCUGGACCACACCUCUUUGUUCCCCCACGGAACGGGACUUCAGAACAGAUACUUACAUGUCAUGGACCGGCUGGUGUCACUGGACAGUGCUGAGGACUUUGUCAGACUGGCCAGAGAAAAAUAUCCCAAGAAAGAAGGCUGAAAGAAAAGGACACAAUGGUAGAAAAGAGGGUAAAGAAGAUGUUUUGACACCAUUUGACGGCCAUUUGACACCAUUUCAGCAUUCAUUUAUUUGCAGAAACAUUAUUUUUGAAUACUAAUGGUAACAAGCUGUAAUAUUUGGUUGUUUCUCGCCGACAUUGCGGCUGUUCAAAUGUAUAUUCUUAAUAUGGAUUGGCUUUAUUUGACACUGCAUUAAUCGUUUUUUCCAAAAGGUGGCAGCAUAUAGUCAAAUUUCUGUUGCAGAUUUUUUUUUUCCUUUAGUUAAAAGAAAUCUAACAGUCAGGACUUGCUCUUCAAACAGAGAUAGUGUGUAUGAAUGAAUCAAGUUGUUGAGUGAUAUUCACCUGAAAUUGGAUUUUGUAUGUUUUAAUCACAAAGUAGCGAUGCUUGAAACAACAUUCGCCUAGAGACAUAUGUCAGUAAUCCACUCUAUCCAUAGGAAAUGAAACGCCCCUUUCUCCAUAUUCUCAGCUUCCUUCUUGUCAGGGUUGGAGCAGGAUGCAUAUAGUGCAUCUGACUUGUUUAGCCCCUCAGGACUGUUAGUUAUGAGGAGUUAAAGUGUACACACACACUCUCAAGCACACUUCACGCUUUAAGUUGUGGCGCUUUGUGCACACAUUCACGCUCACUCGCACACAUGCAGACAGAAAGAGAGAGUUCACUCUGACCCAGAUAUUGUUCUCUCGAAGGCCCCUUCCCAAGUUUGAGAAACAGAUGUGGAACUAAAAGAGGGGGGAGGCUUGGGGGAGGGGAGCUGUAAGAGAUGCAGACCAGUGGUCUGGCAGCAUUGAAAGCCAUUGUGCAGCAUGCACCUUUUUCUCAUUAAACCACUGCGCGUGUGCGUGCACAUAUGCUAUCAAGUGCCGCUUACAUCAUUCUGCAGCUUUCCACUGAAAUAUGCUUCACAAGGAGAUUGAAAGAGAGUGAUCAGUGUUUAUUUAUUGGACUGAACUAUGACAGAGGUGAUUCAGAAGGUCGUGUGUCUGGUGCUGGAGUUCAGUAUUUACAGAAAAGAAAGACAAGGCUUCCAAGAUACACAUUUGGUAUUUAAUAUAUAACACAGGGUCAACACAUACAGUAUGUCUUCGAAACACUGUCCAUCUGCCAUUGUGAGUGCUUAUAUGUCUUUGCAUGUAAUAUAUAACGAGCCUAAAGGCAGUCAAGGCAAACAGGCACUUUCACACACAAUCAUGGUGACAACUGUCAUUCAGAUGUGAAUGAUGCUGAUUUUCCAGUAUUUGAAGAGAGGCCUCAGAAGUGUGUUGUCCGUAGAAACAAACACACAAGCACAGAUGCGGUGCUAAGUGACAAAGGCAAGAUGGUCUCUCCAUUGUGCCUUUAGUCCUUUCUGUCUUCACUAUUUAACUGUAUCGGAUCUAUGACAAAUGACAAGAUGAAUACUAGUUUUGAAUCAGUUUUUUUUAAUGAAACUAAUAAACACUUUGUAUCUGCUUAAGUCUGCAAAACCUGUGUGGAAAAAAGAAAGUGUAUGACAAGA